AUGGCCUUUCCUCGCUUCCACGGAGAGCGGGACGUGGGACCUGAGGUUCAGCAGAUGAUUUACCCCUAUUCUCUCCAGCAAAAGGAUCGCAGCAAGACGAUACUUCGUCGAACGGCACCGAUCAAGCACCACCUGAGAUCCCAGGUCCGAAAUGCAGAUCGGUUAUCGACAUAUGUUAUGGCGUAGGUUGUGUAGAAGAAGCCUGUCUCGUAGGCGUCGAAAAUGACGGAUAAUACAUAGGAAGAAUGUAGGUGUCGAAAAUGACGUAUAAUACAUAGGAAGAACUUCUUGUAUCUUGUUGUGUAAUGAUGAUCCUGUCGUGUUGAUGAUACUCUCUACAACUAAGACUAGUGGAGGAGAAGUGGUCCUGUGGCAUCAUUCUAAUUCAAACCAUGACUUUGGGAGAUCAGACGACAACAUGGGAUGGUCAUCAGCGCGAUCGGUAUCGGCAAGGACGGAGCUGGAGCGAGCAGAGGUAAAAGAAUUUAGCAGUUUUUUGAUCAGCAUAUCCAUCGAUAUCGGUUAUUAACAAGAGCUCUCCCACCGCUAUUCUGUUUCUGCCUGAUUCAUCGACGUUUUGAUGAAAUAUGACUCGCAUGGUCCUCACGGUUCCCAAUAAAUACACCUACACCAGGCCAUCCUCCCAACGACAGCAGCUUUUAGUGCAAGAAGAACUGACCCAGAACUGAGAAAUUUCGUUGCGAAGAAGAAGAGAGAAGACACGAAAGCAGGGAAGAGGCACUAUUUCCAGAGUGGUGGAACAAAAACGCUAAACGAGAUGCAAAGACUGCAGGAAACGGGUACUUACAACUUCUACUGGAAAAAGUAGAUCGUGAUGGUCAGCUUAUUUCUGUUUAUGAUGUCCAUGUGCGUUCCCACAUCAUUAGAUAGUCGACAUUCUUGAUACGGUAUUCGACUUCUUCAAGACCAACUAGUCCCGCGCACACAGGUCGCGGUUUCCAUAUUAAUCCAAGCGGUUGGGCUGGAACGCAAUUUGCGCCUGCAAAGUUUCCUAUGGAAUUUCGAGGUGGCACCGACAGGCAGAUCAACAUAAUUCAGAAGAUUCAGACGCUGAAUCUACGAGAGCCAGAUUUUUGGCAUAGGAUCACGUGAUGGUAGUGCGAGUAAUGAGCGAAGGGGGUGUUGGUCGUAAUUAGAAGCAUCCGAGGAGGAGGAGAAUACUGUACUUGCGGAAUGGAGAACCGAAGAAAAAUAAAAAAAGUCAGACCCAUACGGUCUAACUUCUGAAGCAUCCAGAAUCUUUUGUGCUGUUGCAUGUUGGCGCUGAGAGAAGCGAUCCGCAUUGAUUCCAUGCUCUUGAGCCAAACACUAUGUAGUUACUAACAUAAAAAUGAACAAGCGAGCUACUCUUACUGUCACUAGGAGAAAUAUGUGAACAAGGGGGGGGGGUGAACGUGAACCGUGCACACGCGAUUGUGCCCUGUUAUUCCAAGUCUAUUCAUGCAUAGGGUCCCUUAUUCAAUUCCAUUGUCACAAGAACUGAAAAUAAAGAGGAUUAUGGUCAUCGUCUUGUUUUUCACCUUCUUAUUCCUAUAGUCAUUUCGAAUUGAGUCAUUUAUAUUGCAGUAGCAGUUGCAUCUUCUCGCGGGCAACGAACAGGUACUAGAAAGACGAUUUCAUGGAGACGGUGUGAACUUUUUUUGAGAGCAAGACAAGAACUCCCUAGCAUGGGAUAAAGAAGACAAAUCUGUUUUGUGAAUGUUGCUGGUACUAGCGUAAAGGCGCACUGGUGCAUCGGAAAGAAAUAAGGUAAAAAACCCAUCACCUGUAGGGUCUUGAAAUGAUCGAUCCGAGGCUGUUCAAUUAUAUUAUAUCCUUUCUUCGCCACAUGUUCCAACGAUAUGAUCCCUAAAGUUCCCCAUUGCUGUAGUGAUCCCUAACCAAGAGACUAAUAUGAUCACAAAGAAACAGAAAGUGGAUAGCUGCAGAUCCUGAUCACGAGAAAAGUAGGAUCCUGAUCGCCAUGAGGAGGUACUGGGAAAAAGAGGAAUGAAAGGAAUUCAAAUAAAGAGGCGACUUUUUUUGGAUUUUUCUUUGCCAACCAAAAAGAAGCGACGUCUGCUCUGCGUAACUAAAGGAUACGAUGAAGGGAAGGAGCCGUGGCCGAGUCAUUUACAGCACUGCCUAACUGGAGAGGGUUUUGUUUCGCGAAAUACUGAGCUAGCGCUGAUAGUUUACGUGGAAGAAGGACACAAUGCGAAUCACUCUGCAUUUUUGACGACGACGAAAAGGCAUGUGCAAGUUACUUAGAUUUAUGGGGUGAAGCGGAGCGGUGAUUUUUUACGGUAACCCGGUCAGCGACAGAAUUGGUGAGUGGAGCACUUCCGUUGAGCAGAGAAGUUGGAUAUACGUGGGAAAGCGAGGAAAUUCUACAAGUAUGAUUUGAUUGUGGCUGAUUAAGCAUCAUAUGCGUGGGAAUGGACUCAGAGAGCUGUUUUGUACUUCUUACAUGUGGGUAGUGGCCGCAGACGCCGAUUAUCAGAUGAGGGGUUCUGGGAUUUCCGCGCAACUCUAAGCCUCCGACCAUCUCCACGCUCGACUUGUUGUUUUGUUGGACCCUCUCCGUAUGCCCUGGCCUGACUGCGAUGAUUUAGAGUUGGAUUUAGAUUUUCUUGGACAAGCCACUUGAAAGAUGGUCGUAGGAUACUGUCUUAAGGGAUUUAGAUUUGCGGUGGCCGUCGCGGCUGCCUUCGCCGAAAAUUUAGAUCAUUCCCUGUGUUGCGUUUGUGUAGCGCUGAAACAAAGGAGGAGGUAUUGUGGUGGACCUUGUAAAGGAAGGCACCCGGAAAGAGGGAGACCCUUUUAGGAUGCAGACAGAAAGUGUCGACAGAAUAUUCGGGCAUCU